AUGCCCGUCAUGAAAAAGAAUUCUGAGCAAAAUCGUUUUGAAGCUGUAUUCAACAAGCUGCUGAGUCAGAUUGGGGAACCUGUUGACUUUGAACUUCCAGAUUGGAUUAAGAUAAGAACAACACAGUACACCCAUAUAAAGCGCAAUAUAUAUGUCACUAAGAAGAACAAGAGAAAGUUUGAUGAUGGCAUAUUCUGCUCCUGCGAAUCUUCACCUGACUCUACUAAUGUAUGCGGUAGAGAUUGUCAAUGUGGGAUGCUUCUGUCAUGCUGUUCUUCAGGCUGCAAAUGUGGGGUCUUGUGUCUCAACAAAGCUUUUCAGCAUCGCCCUGUGAAAAAGCUGAAAUUGGUUAAGACUGAGAAAUGUGGCUCCGGAAUUGUGGCGGAUGAAGAUAUCAAGCUUGGGGAGUUUGUCAUUGAAUAUGUUGGAGAAGUCAUCGAUGAUAAAACAUGCGAACAAAGGCUCUGGAAUAUGAAAGAUCGUGGGGAAACAAACUUUUACUUAUGUGAAAUCAAUCGAGAUAUGGUGAUAGAUGCAACAAAUAAGGGAAACAAAUCAAGAUAUAUCAAUCAUAGUUGCAACCCGAAUACCGAGAUGCAGAAAUGGAUAAUAGAGGGUGAAACAAGAAUUGGUAUAUUUGCAGCUCGUGACAUAGAGAAGGGCGAGCAUCUGACUUAUGACUACCAGUUUGUUCAAUUUGGUGCAGACCAAGAUUGCCACUGUGGAGCUAUUCAGUGUAGGCGUAAACUGGGUGCACGGCCUACCAAGCCUAAAUCAGAUGCUGCAUUAAAAUUAGUUGCAUAUCAGGUUUGUCAAAAUGGAGGCUUGCAAAUUGGUCAAAUUGGAAGUUCCCGGGUGGUUGACCAAACAAAAUGCUUACACAAUUGUGUUGAUGAAGUUAUCAUGAUUAAACAACUUGGAAAUGUCAGAUUUGGGAUUAUUAAAUGGUUUGAUGCAUAUACCCUCAAACAUAAGAUCAUGUUUGAGGAUGGUUGUGUUGAAAUUCAUGACAUGUCAAAAGAAGAUUGGGAACUAGUGAGAUUGUGA